AAACGGUCCUAAUGAAGGAGGCCGACGCCAUCAAGCUCUUCAUCGGCCAGAUCCCGAGGAAUCUGGAGGAGAAGGACCUGAAGCCCAUCUUUGAGCAGUUUGGGAAGAUCUAUGAGCUCACGGUGAUCAAGGACAAGUACACGGGAAUGCACAAAGGAUGUGCGUUCUUGACGUACUGUGCGAGGGAGUCAGCCUUGAAGGCCCAGAAUGCACUGCACGAGCAGAAGACAUUGCCGGGGAUGAACCGCCCCAUUCAAGUGAAGCCAGCGGACAGUGAGGGCAGAGGAGACAGGAAGCUGUUUGUGGGGAUGUUGGGGAAACAGCUGUCAGACACCGAUGUCAGAAAAAUGUUUGAGCCUUUCGGGAGUAUAGAGGAGUGCACGGUACUCCGAGGCCCUGACGGAGCCAGCAAAGGUUGUGCAUUUGUAAAAUACCAGAGUAAUGCAGAAGCUCAGGCGGCUAUUAGCACUCUGCACGGCAGCCGCACUCUCCCGGGUGCAUCUUCUAGUCUGGUAGUGAAGUUUGCAGACACAGAGAAGGAGAGAGGAAUCAGGCGUAUGCAGCAGGUGGCCUCCCAGCUGGGUGUCAUUAGUCCCAUGAGCCUACACCUGGGAGCCUACAACGCUUACACACAGGCACUCGUCCAACAGCAGCAGGCCUUGGUGGCUCAGUCCGCAUACCUGUCUCCCGUUGCGACGGUUGCUGCAGUGCAGAUGCAGCAGUUGGCUGCUCUCAAUCCCAACAGCAUCAUAGCAACACCCAUUGCCUCCAUCACACCCUCCUCAGGUACGAGCACUCCUCCAACCAUUGCUGCCACAGCUGUGUCUGCUCUGCCUCCACCAAUCGCAGUCAACAGUUACCCUCAAGUCCCUGCACCACCCAAUGGCCAUUCUGCCUCUGAAACCCUCUACACCAAUGGUCUCCAUCCAUAUCAGGCUCAGAGUCCUGCACUGGAUCCUCUCCAGCAGGCGUAUACAGGCAUGCAACACUACACGGCUACAUAUCCCGCUGCUUAUGGAUUGGUCGGUCAACCAUUUCCACAUCAGCACACUUUGGUUGCCCAACAGCCACAGCAGCUGCAGCAACGAGAAGGCCCAGAAGGCUGCAAUAUCUUUAUUUAUCAUCUGCCUCAGGAGUUCACGGACUCUGAGAUGCUGCAGAUGUUUUUGCCAUUCGGUAACGUCAUCUCAGCCAAGGUGUUCGUUGACCGCGCCACCAACCAGAGCAAAUGCUUUGGUUUCGUAAGCUUCGACAACCCGGCGAGCGCUCAGGCUGCCAUCCAGUCCAUGAACGGCUUUCAGAUCGGCAUGAAGAGGCUUAAAGUUCAGCUGAAGAGGCCUAAAGACGCCAACCGCCCAUACUGAGCCGAACAGGGAAGAAAGGAGAGGAUUGUCGAAGUCACUUUUCCUCCACUUCAAAUUACGGGACCAACGACUUUCACAAAAACUACAGUAUAAGACCUACCGAGAUUAUUUAAACAAAAAUACACAUUUAAUAACAAAGACAGAUUUAUCGCACAAAGUGCAGGUUAAAUAGAAUGAUUUGCUACCUAAACAGUAUACGAUAUAAGACCAAUCAGCAACGCUCUUCUGCUUCACACUCUGUGUGCUUGUGGGUCGUGACAUUUCUGCCCUCCUCCACACAUCUAUGCCCUGCACACACACAAAUGGGACCAAUGCAAAUAUAUCAGUACUACAGUAGUUUCGCUUCUGGGUUCAAAGGAACUAUGAUCUAUUAAAGUCUUUCUGCAGCGAUCUAACAUAUGUAUAUAGAAAUCUGAGGGGACCAUGUGUAGACAUAUCGAAACGGUUGGGAGGGUGGGACUGGGUCAGUGUGAUCAGAGCAAAGAAUCAUGGGAGGUAUAUGGUAGCUAGAGAAAGAAAGUCCUUUUGGGAGUUUUAAAGGAUUUGCUCUUGGUCUCUAAUCAGAGUCCAGUUAUACAUAGUUCUUCAUCUUUAAUACUUAAGGAAACAAAUGACCUGAGGUUAAGGAUGCUGGUCCUAUAUUUCGAACCUCCCUAAAACGACUGAAUAUAGUUUAUCACAGAGAAGUUGUAGUUAGAGUUUUUUAUUUUUAGGUUUGUUAGUUUUUCUUUCUUUCUUUUUUUAAUUUGUGAAUGAUUCGAGAAGAUUCAUGAAAGUUACAAACAUUUAAAAAUGUAUUUCACUGUAUAUAUCAUGCUUUUAAAAUGAAGGUCAAGAUUUAAAUGUUUGGGAAAUUAUUACUAUUAUUAUUAUUAUUAUUAUUAUUUAGGGAAAGUGAUUUCUAUCUUUUUUUGCAAUUAAUUUAUUUGAUGGAGGGCGUUUUUUUUUAUUAUUAUUUAUGAAGAUAGAGAAUCAUUGGCACAUGUUCUGAUGAAUCCAUGUAUUUUUAGACAUUUUAUUUACAGAUUUACCAUUAAUGAACAAUCAUUAUUAUUAUUCUAUUUAUUUUCUUCAACUGUUGUUUCACAACCUGUCAAUUACAACAACAAAAAAAAUUUGAAUAAAAUUUUAAACAAGAUUUUUGUGUCUGUGAGAUUACGGGAAUGAAUUUGUGUGUAUGUUGGAUAUUUUCAUAUGCAUAAAAAUUCCGAUUAAGUAUGAUAUAUACUGUAUAUAUAAUUGUUACCAACUUGCAGCAGAACAUAUUUUCACCCUUUAUUAUUAAUAACAUCCUCUGUGUGUGCUAAAAGUCUUCAUACUAUUGGCUUUAACAAAGGCAAAUAUGGACAGUUCUGCAUCUUUAUAGUGACUGCAUGAACUUCAUCACAAAUUAUUUAAAUAGACACGGUGUAAAACCUCUUGGUUUCCACUGCAUUAUAUGCUGUGAAUUAAAGUUGUACUAAACUACAUUUUCUGUUUUAUUAAUCCAAGACCUGCACAAUGAAGACA